AGGUAACAUAUAACUUAUUAUCUAUAUUUAGUGACAAAUAUGAUAAAUAUUUUACAAGUGUAUGUCAUUUGCAGAUUCUUCUUGAUAUUAAAGGACUAUGUUGGCAAUAAAGCACAACCUGAGGGUUCCAUUGCAGAGGGAUUUAUUGCUGAGGAAGGGAUUUCAUAUUGUUCCAAAUAUUUGGAGGGAAAUAGCCAAAAUAUUAGAACAAAUGGAUUGUCACUUGAAAAUAAAGAUGUGUUUCUGUUCUCUAGUGGUGGUAUUUCAUUGGGAAAGGUCUCUUCACUUGUACUAGAUGAUAAAUCAUUAACCCAAGCACAUAGAUAUGUGCUACGUCAUUGUGAUAGUCUUAUACCAUUAAGAGAACAUUUCAAAGAUGGUGAGAAAAGAAAGAGGCGCGCGCACACACAUCUUACAACUUCGGAUGUCGAGAAACUUAUUAACGAAAAAUUUCAUGAAUGGUUGAGAUUGAGAAUAACAGUUAUGGGUGAUGGUGGUCCAGAAGUAACAGAAGAAAUUAAGGUCCUAGCCAAGGGGCCCAAUAAAAUUGCACGUACAUAUAAAGGUUUUUUUAUUAAUGGAUAUACCUUUCACAUUAAAAUCAGAGAUGAGAAUAAGAAAACUCAGAAUUAUGGUGUUGUUAAUAGCACAGAAAUUGGAAACUUCAAUUAUUAUGGGAAAAUUAAUGAUAUUAUUGAGAUAAAUUAUUCAGAUAAGUUCAAAGUGGUGCUAUUCAAAUGCGAUUGGGCGAACACAACUGGCACCGGUGUAAAGCAAAAUCAGUUUGGUUACACUUUGGUGAAUUUUUCACGACUUAUUCACACUGGUCAUAAAUUAGAAGAUGAUCCAUUUGUUUUCUCUUCGCAAGUUGAACCGGUCUACUACAUUCAAGAUCCUAAAAAUACAAAUUGGAAUUUUGUUGUUCGUAUGAGGCCUAGAGAUGUAUAUGAUUCAAGUAUUUCUCGUAGCAAAUAA